AUGGACAAUUUCAAGUUUGAGGCACUGGUAUCUUCAAUUGAAACAGGUCAAGUUGCUAGAACCCUUCUCUCUUACCAUAUCAACCUUUACAAGUUCAUCAUCAAUAAAUCAUCACCAAUUGAUUCAAAUUCACAAACAUUCAUAUUACAGCAAUUGGAGUCUCAGAUAGAUUAUUUCCAAGAUGAUAAGAAUAAGGAAAAAUUAGAUCUCGUUUCACAGCCAUUAAGAGUGGCAAUUGCUAAAAACUAUGUCACCAUAUUGGGAUUGAAUAAGCAUAAGUUGUUUGAUACAACAAAUAGAUUUGUCACGUUAUUUGCAGAUAUAUCAAAGAAAAAAUCACAUUAUACAGCAUUGAAAAACCUAAGUUGUGUGGUAUUGUCAUUUAUCUAUGAAAGUUUCGGUCAUGAAUUGCUUUCAUUUGUUGCACUUUUAAAUUCUACAAUUUUGAGGUAUCUAAAGAAAAAUCAAGAAUCAAAAACUAUAAUAGCUGAUUAUUCAUUAAACUUAUCUAAUUUACUAUCAGUGAUACUGAGAAACGGUGGUAUCGCAGAACUCGAUGAAUCUAUCACCACAAAAUUUCUCAAGCUCUUCAAACAUACAAUCAAUGAUGACUCAAGCUCUGUUCAACUCAUCGCGAACCUUUAUGAAUCAUGGGGAAUCAUUUCCACUCACAAGAAGCCAGAACAUUCAGUUUAUCAACUAGCCCAUUCAUCGGCUAUUCUAGCUGGUCUAGGUUCCAAAGAAAAAAUCAUCAGAGUCUCUUGUGCCAAAGCCUUAGCAGAAUCUCUCAAAUUGGUUUCAUUUAAGCUCAAAACAGUUUUCAGCAUUUACAUUGAACUUUAUAUCGAAGGGAAUCUUUUCGCUAAAGUUGGAAUCACAGAAUCAAUAAUACAGUUUUUGCAUUUACAUGUUGCUGAAGAAUAUGAAUAUUUCUUAAAUCAUUUUGAAGAAGUUUUAUCAUUAUUAUUAUCUAUUUUUGAUCAUGAAAGAGUCCAUUCAGCUUCAAGAAACUGUACAUCAAGAAUAAUCAACCAGAUUGACUAUAUUUUUGAAACAUUGCUAAAACUAACAGGUGAAUCUGGGCAAAGAAUGAUUUUUGAUAAAUUAUUCAAAAGUUAUUUGAAUUCAGAGGAAAAAGAACAUCCGUUCAAGAUAAUCACUGUGUUAAAAAUUGUUAAGAAAGUUUUAAGCAACUUGUCAAGUCUUUCUGAGGCUGAUUUAGAAUAUUAUCAAAUUACAAUGAUGAAACUCUGUACAUCUCCUAAUUUUGAAAUAAGGAUACAUUCGGUUGAAAUUAUUAAAACUUUUGCUGCAGGGUUCCCGCAUUUGAUUAAUGAACUUUUGGAUACCUCCUUCAAUGAAUUGGCCAAUAAUUAUAAACAAGCUUCAGAAAAAAGAUUAAACUUUGUAAAAACUCAUGGAUUGUCGUUAAUCAUUGCAAACUUGAUAUCAUUAGCUGAUAAAGAUUAUGUACCAUUUGAAUUGAUUUUGAACAUUUGGGAUCUUGUUACAUCCAAAUUAAGAGCUAAAAACCAAAGCCUUAAGGAUAGUGUUGUUUAUUAUACAAUCUUAACAAGUUGGAUUGUCAUGUGUGGUUUAUUCAAUUAUCAAGAUCCAGAAUUUCUGGAGUCUAAGAAAGUUGAAUUCAUUUCACUGUGGGAAAAUCUUGAUUUCAUUAAGCCAGAUGUUACAUUACCUGAUGAGUUAUUCAAAGCUUUGGAAGUUGAAAGCCACUCAUUGACCGCAUUGUUGAAUUUCCUAUCAAACAUUAAUAUCGAUUCUAAGAUUGCUCUUGAUUUUGCUGGAUUUUUGAGUAAGAGAAAAACAAUCAUCAGUACAAUUAUACCAGAGACAAAAGAGAUUGAAAACUUGUUAAAUCUUGUUGAUCAAAGAAUUUUGGAAAUCUAUUUGAAAAUCAUUCACUUGAUUAAAAAUGAUGUUAACAGUUUGGUAUUGAUUCAAGCUAUCAAAAACUUUGCCAAUCUACCAAACUAUGAAGUUGUCAAAAAUGAAAAAUUAGACUUGUGGCAAAUCGAUGAUGGAUUCUCGAAUGGGUUAACAAGUAAAUUCAGAGGUUAUGAAAUUGAUGAACUCAAUAUCAAAUACUCAACCCCUCAGUCGACAAAGAUCAACUCCACUGAUUAUUCAAUUGAUACAGUUGCAUUACCACCAGGUUCUAUAGAGCUCAAUUCUGUUAAAAGUUGGCUAACUACUUCAACAUGGAUAGACGAACUUGAACUAACAACAUUACAGCCAAUCAGUCCAUCUUUGACAAAUGAUUUCUUCAUAACAAUCUAUGGCGAUUCACAAUAUUCACUGAAAAACAACUAUUCGUUACCACCGUCUACUGUUAUUGUUGAUACUUCAAUUGAAAUCUUAUCAUUAGCAUUCCCAUAUUUGAGUACCAAAGUUCAGCUAUCAUUGAUUGAAAACAUGAGAUCUUUUAUCCUUUCCAAAAAUAUCAAUGAAGCAACAAAGACUACAGUUUCGAUCAAUUGUUCUGUUGCAAUCCAUGGAUUUUUAAGUGUUGCCCAGUCGGAAGGUUUGAAAUUUGAUCAAUCAGUUGGCUCAUCUGUGCUUGACGUUCUGAGAACGCUAUAUGAAACAUAUCCAUCACCAUAUCUAUUGAAUUUGAACUCUGAUUCCAUUGGUAUCAUCAUAUCCAAAACUUCAUUAUCUGAACAGAUUCCGAUUUUCAUCAAAAAAAUUGUGGAUGAUCAGCAGUCAGGUUCAAGAUCCUUCAGUUCAUUGGUUUUAGCUGCUAUCUAUAAGUACAACUCUUCUCAUUUUAGUCAAAUAUUUGAAAUAUUAAUGAAGUUGGCAUCAGAUCCACAUCCAACAGUCCAUUCUUGGACUUUUGAUGCCCUUUCUACUCUAAUUGAGAAACAUGUUGCUAUGAAUGUUGGUAAAGCUAAAGAAAUGAUUUCAAUGUUGGAGAUGUUCUUCCUAGAUGAUAACUAUGGUGCUUUCAAUAAAUCAGCUGCAAUGUCAAAUUUGAAUGUGAAUGUUGAUUCCAACAAAGUGUUAGCCAAAUUGUUGAGACAUAUUAUAAACAGUUUAGGUCCAGGAGUUAAGGAUCUUGAUGAAGUAUCAAAGCAAACUUUACAAAAUCUGAUAAACGGUUUAUUAUUUUAUUAUAAUGAUGAAGUUAUUCAAAGUGAAAUUAUUAAACUUGUUCAAGAGUUGAUAAUUUAUGAUAUAAAUGCUAUUGAUAAACAAAUUUUGAUUGACUUGAUCGAAUUCAACAUCUCUAAUAAUUUGGUGAAUGUCAUUGGAACCGGUCUGACUUUGCCUCUUUAUGGUGAAAAAAAUGAGAUUUUUCCAGUGACAAGUUCUUUCAAAGUGUUUGGUGUUUCAUUGGAUUUGUUGUUCCAAAUCGUUAAAACAAGCGAAGAUAAGCAGUUUUUGUCACAAGUUGAAUACCUAAUCUGGAUUGCGUUGGAGACUUAUCCGGAAUCUACAUUGUUGAAUAAGAUGAUUAAAGAAUGGUUAGAUUCAACAUAUGAUAUCAGUUGGUUUGCUAAAUUGCAGAGGUUAUUCAAUGUUUCUAAAAGAACACUACAUGAAAAGCUUUUCAAUAAUUAUAAAGCAAUCUUGUCCAAAUACACUCACAAGAAAGUUGAAGUUGAUGUCAAUGAUGAAGAGGCCCAAUCAAUCGCCAAGAAAGGUGAAGGUGAGGAAGAAGAUAGUAAGAGUAAUGAAUCAGUCAAUUGGAAAUUCAAGAUUGUUCUCCUUGGCUAUAUCAGGCAAUUACUGGGCUAUACUCAGCGUGAUUCAAAGUUAUACACCCAAUUAUCUUCAAAAGUUUCAGAUCUCAUCAAAAUAUCAUUCAGUAGCUCUACAUCAACAAUUAAUGAAUUGAGGUUACUAGGUAUUGAGUUAUUAGGUGAUGUUAUAAAUAAUUAUGCAAGUGCAAAAGAUCCAAUAUACCCUACUAUGUCAUUAUUAGAACAACAACAAGCUCAAAUCACUUCUGCAUUAGUUCCAGCCUUCCAUUAUGAUAGCACACCGAUUAUUGCUAGUAAGGCAAUUACUGUUGUUGCAAACUUUAUUGGAUCACGUAUUGUGAAGAUUAAUAGACUUGGAAGAAUUUUGAAGAUUUUAACUGAUUCACUUGAUGAUUUACAUGAAUCGGAUGAUUUUAAACUACAAGAUGUUCAUAUUACAAGUAUUAGAGGUCAAAGAAGAGUGAAAUUGUCUGUUUUGAAUGCAUGGGCUGAAUUGAAGAUUUUAGCUACAAGUAACGAAGAUGCUGAGUUGAAUGCACUAAUUGAAGAACAUCUUGAUGUUUUGUUACCAUUAUGGGUUGCUACUUUGAAAGAAUUUGCAAUCAUCAAACAUGGUUCUGGUGAUGAGCAUGCUGAACAUGAUAUUGAAUUAUAUGAAAGAUGUUGGAUCAAUUUUGUGGAUGUUGUUGGAUGUAUUGUCGAAGUUGAUGAGACUAAAAUCGUGGAUCUAUUGCAGAAUGAUUCGUUCGGAUUUUUUUUCAUGUUGUAUGCACAAGCUAUUCAUUCAAUGAUUGGACAUGACCAUAUGAAAGUGAGAACUUUGAAAGCUCUUUCUAAAGUUUUAAGCUAUAAGAAAUUGGUUGAGUUGAUUCUACAGGAUGAAAUCUUUAGUGAGAGUAUAGAAGUAUUUGAAAGAUUGAUCUUGACUGGUAACAUUGAAGAGCAGAGUGAAAUUUUGAACAUCACAUCAAAGAUCUUUUUGAAUUUUUUUGAAUCAAGUCUCUCUCGUGAAGAAUUGGAGUCUUAUGUCGAUAAAUUAUUUGAGUUGGUCAGAGUCAAUAUUCAAAGUAUCAUUCGCUUAGUUCCUUACUUGCAGCCUGAAAACAAUAGAAUUUCUACUGAAGUUGAGGAAUUGAAUCCAUCUGAACAACAAUUGUUGAAGAAGUCAUUUGCAUUGAUCAACAAAAUGCUUGCAAGAUUCCCUGAUAUGAUAAAGGUUGAUCUUUACUCAAGUCUGUUGAAGCUUGUUUUACUAGUAUAUGAAGAUCAUGAUCGUCUGGUGUUAAGAAACCAAGUUAUUCCUUCAAUUUUGCCAAUACUCAAAUCUCUUUUGCAAGAGCUGGUUGAUAUGAAUGACAUGGUUACAAUCAACAAUUUCUAUCAAUCCAUUAGACCACAUUUGAAAGUUUCUCAAGACGUCACAUCAAAUAUCAACUCUUUGCUUUCUAUGGGUGUUUUAUUAAGCACAUCCAAUGAUAUUUUAAGAUUAAAUGAUGAUGAUAUUGAUUUCAUAGCCACUAAUUUGGCAAACGGGUUGAUUGAUGAUAAUACUGUCGCAAUAGCUACACAAUCAAUCAAGUCUGUGAUUUCAAAGAAAUCUAAAUUGAAUGAAGCAAUAGUUAAAAGUUUGAUUCCAAAGAUUCUUGAGCAUUUGUUAAAGGGAACAAUUUCAGAUCCAAGGCUAUCUAUUGAACUUUUCAUCUUGACGAUUAAACAGGUCCAAUCUGAGGAAAAACAAAUACCCUUAUUCACCAUUUUAAUUCCAACGUUGAUAUUUAUCAGCAAUAAAUCACCAGAUUACACUACAUACCUCCACAAAAAGAUGAUUUCAUUAAUCCAGUUGAAUCCACAAGUCUUCAAGACUGUUGUCAAUGAAAUUUUGACUCCAGAUCAACGCGUUGAGACUGAAAAAUUAGUCAAACUGGAAGGGCAGGCAACAAGCCUUGAGCAAGUGGAGCAUGAACAAAUAAGAUUGAAGACAUUUGAUAUUUAG